AUGUCGCUAUUAGGGAAAGAAUUUGUUACAGAGUUCGGUGAAUUCGUAACAUUUACUACAGAAGAACACGGAAAUCCAGAAUACAAAGAACCAUUUCAAGAAUUCGUUUCUUUAAGCGAAGUUCCAAUCGAACAGACAAGAAACUAUCAGCAAAUUUCCCAAGCUGUUGAAAAUACAAAGACACAACAAUAG